UUCAACAUGGCGGAAACCAGUAAACAUGCGAGCAGGUCGCGAUUGGCUUGGUGUGGGCGUCUAAUUCUUUACAGCACUCCAGUUGCAACCUGCCUACUGUUUGCAGUCAGCCUCUACAAUCUCUACGAGGUAUCCCAACACGAGAGAAAACUGAUCCACCUAGAGCAGCACGUCUUUCAUCAUCAUCGACGUGAUUUCAGAGACAGGCAUGACGCCGCGGAGCCAGUACAACCAGAAGAGAUUAUACGCCGUCACGCAAGAGCUUUGGGCAGUGAAGAGAGCAGCGCUUCUUUGUUUGAAGAGUAUUUCAUUUGGCUAGCUGAGUUACAGCUCCGUUCGCUCAAACUAACUUGCUCAAACAACGAAAGUCUUUGCAUACAAGGCCCGAAAGGGAGCGUUGGUUCAAAAGGAGACGGUGGCGCACCCGGCAUUCCAGGCGAUAGAGGUGAGAAAGGUGAGACAGGCCCAAUGGGAUUUCCAGGUCCAAAAGGAGCCAAGGGAGAAACUGGAGAACGUGGCGAAAGCAUUGAGCCUCCUGUAAUUACUACAAAGCCAGCAAAUGCAAUCAUUGCAGUCUCAGAAAGUGCUAGAUUGGAUUGUCAAGCCAGUGGUUUUCCUCGACCAGAGAUUCGUUGGUUGAGAGUUGAUUCCAACUUGCCUCUGUCUCGUUCAUCCAUAUCUCCGAACGGAACUCUCACUAUCACAGACACUCGUCGACACGAUACCGGAACGUACGUUUGUGUGGCAAAAAAUAUAUUUGGAGUGGCUAAGGCGUACGCACCACUGGUGGUACAAAUUCCCGUAUCUUUCGUGGCCGUCCCUACUGCAACAGUAAUAGUGCAACCCGGUCAGACGGUGAGGUUGGAAUGUUCGGCAUCAGGAGAUCCAGAACCAACCGUUUCGUGGUCUCACGUAUCCAAUGCGUCGUCGUCUCGCGAAAUGACAGUUACUUCAAACGGAAGUAUGUUGAUUGAGAAUGUGAAAAAUGAAGACGAAGGAAUCUACUUCUGUACUGCAACAAAUGCAUUCGGAUCAAAGAGACACUCUGUCACACUGCAGCUGCAAGAUAGUCUCACUGAUUCGCUUGUGGACGGGGUUCACGUGGUGAAUAACACGGAUGCUUUCUUGAAAUGUAAACUCUGUCCCAUGCCGGGAUUCUCUUUCACUUGGGAGAGAAAAGGAGAUGAACUACCGCCCAACAAGACGGAGAGCUAUAACUGUUCACUUGUCAUUAGAAAAGUGAGACUAGAAGACACCGGAAACUAUAGCUGCAUUGGCAAGACAAAAUCAAGAUUGUCAUCUCUUGUCAUCAGAGAAGACAUGCCACUUACAGUGAGAGGUGCUGCACGUGUGACCAGCAAGUUUCCUGAAUUCCUCUCUGUCUCGUCAGGAAAAAGUGUAGUGUUGCAAUGUGAUGGAGUUGGUCCGCCGGCUCCUGACGUUUACUGGACAAGAGGAUCCGUCCGUCUAAGGACCAACAAGCCAGGAAAAUUAAGGAUUAAAAACGUAACAGUCCACAAUACCGGCAUAUACAGCUGUCACGCUGUUAACUAUUUAGGUCACGACGUGAAAAACGCAAAAAUAUUUGUCACUCAAGUUGAAUUCAUUUCUCGUCCACCUUCGUUUAUCAAUGCCUCUUACUCUCAGAAAAUUGAGAUUAACUGCACAGCUCGUAUGGCUCCAGGCAUACCAGCGUAUACACACUGGAGGUUUCCAAGCAAGUCUUCGGUUUCGUGUGGAACAGAGAUCAUACAAAAUCGUACAGUAUUGCCUAAUGGCACCCUCGUCAUCGAAAAUGCGGAUUGGCGAGAUGGGGGAUCGUACGUGUGUUAUGCGGGAGGAAACGCGAUUGCUGCUGUAGUCAACAUUUCUGUACCAGUGAAUACGAGUUGGAUGCUAGAGAGUGAUAAUUGUAACGGUUUCCGUCGAUCAACUCACGACAGCUCGGUAUAUUAUGCAGUGUCCAUGUCUAACAAAUGGGACAAAUUCAAAGAGUACGACUGUCCCAACGGAUAUCAUUGGGCGUGCACUGAAGAGGGAAAAAGAAUAUUCACUGGCAGCAGGCGUUACUCCUACACGUACACUUACCGUAGCCAAUGUGGGUGGAAUGGUUACGAAUUUCAGGGAGUAGAAAGGUAUUAUUUCAGAUUUCGCGAUUCGGUUUCGACUAAUGCGCACAAGCACGCAGGAAAGUACGACUACAGCAACCUGCAAUACAGCAGCACUACCAACUCGUUUGCUGGCAUCGUUUGCAUCGAGAAUUGAAAUGUCUCUGCUACUAGUUAUUGCAGCUCUUCUCAAACUUCGUAUUUGUCAACUUACAUAUUAUAUGACUGCAAACCUUUAUGUGAUUAUGAAACGUCGUAUGCCAGGUGUCGUCAAUGCGCCUUGAUGAUAACGUUGUCAACUAGAUUAAUUAUUAGGACACGUGCUUGACUUCCCUGCUGAGGGUACUACAAAUCGGAUUGGCUGCUAGUUAAUAAUUUGGUGUGUUGUGUCGACCUAGAAAUAGCAUGUUCAGCAUCUAACAGCUGCGUCUCCGUCGACGCAUCAGAAAGUUCGCG